AUGAAUUUCGAGUACUAUAACUUUAAGCAGCUAAGAAGGGGAAAAUUCACGGUGGAUUUGGUCAUAAGUCACCUGAAAAAUUCCAAUAAAUUAUGCGAUCGUGCUGCAUUAUGGCUAUUCCACGGAGGCCGAUUUGAUAUCAUCGUCGCCCAGAAAACCGGCGAUGCGGUCACCAUUCUCCAAGCACCCCUGCAAGAUGGUUUGGGAGAGCUGGUAUUCCAGGACGGCGUCGUGCGGAAUAACAGAGAGCUUCGUUUCAACCUGAUACUUGAAGGAAAAGAUAAAAAUGUGAAUCUGGAGAGCUCGGAGAGACUUCUAACUGGCAUGCUGCGUUGCAUUCCUUCUUGCCUAAUUCCAGUCUACUUCUACAAUGACUUAAGUCUGCCAGAGGAAUUCGAUGGUAUGAUAGCAAUUUCUACGAAAUGUCUGAGGCAUUCAUUCCUUGCUUCCAGUAUUCUGGCAGGAAGCUGUCUUGACGGACAACUUUUCAUUGCAUAUUGUGAUCAAUCCUUACCUGGUCCGGGAAAGUGCUUUUUGACUUUUGACAGAAAUCCAAAAAUUUGGAAGUAUCUUGGACCUGCGAUAACACACAUCAAGGCCUACUUGAGAGCCAAUAGAACGCUUAUUGGUUAUUCCAGUUCUUCACGAUCCUACUUGAUUAGUGAAAAUUAUGGCCAAUCGUGGGUUCUUAUCCAUCAUUUCGUUUUCAGAAAAAUGCUUGCGACACCUGAUGUUACAUUGGAUACUACUUUGAUGGUGGAUGAUGCAAACUUCAAUCAAGUUAUAGAUUAUAGCAUCCGGAAUUGGAGGUGUAAGUUGCUUCUAAAGAUACCAUCCAGUACUAUUUCAGCCUUCAAAUAA